AUGGCUUUAUAUGCUUCAGAUUUACCUUCUUUUCCUAAAAAGCAAAUAAUUCAAAAUGCCAUUCGAAUUGAGAUUCCUGUUUUCAAUCCCGGAAAUAACGGUACCGAUUUGUACUCCAAUGCCAUUUUGUGUAGAUUAAGAAAAUAUAAAAGUCAAUUACUAUCUGCAAAAUAUGCCUUACUUAAAAAUCUUCCAGAUAGAAAUCAUCAAACAAUUAUAAGAACUAGCGUACUUCUUAAAAAUGUUAGUAUUUUGAUUAAAGAAAAUUUGAAAAUUUCGAUUAGUAAUUACUGGAAAAACAGAAUAAAAAAUAUUAAAAGCAGUAACAGUAAAAUUAAUGCUGGUGUUAAUCUGAAUUUAUUGGAAAAACAUAGUGUACAUCCCGAAACUGCCUAUAGAAAUUCUGCGAUUGCUAAUAAAGUUGACUCUGCGAUUUCUAAUUUCAAUACAAUAACGCAGGAGUACGAAUGCAAUGAAAUAUCACUAGUCGAAUUCAAUAACGAAUUAAAAUCAAAUAAAAUUUCCAGUUUGCAAAACAAAGACAAUUAUUUCACAACUUUAGAGGACUUAAAAUCAAUAUUUUCUGGUCUGAAAGGCAAAAUCUCUUCGGGAAUUGACGGAAUACCUAAUUUGGUAUUAAAAAACCUGCCUGAUUCAAUAAUUGAGAAAUAUUGUAUUAUUUUUAACAACUGUCUGAAUCUCAGUUAUUUCCCUGAAAUAUGGAAAAAAGCAAAGGUUGUAACAAUAAAGAAACCGGGUAAAAUUUCUAUCGAUCCUAGUAGUUUCAGACCAAUAAGUCUCUUGCCUAAUUAUAAAAACAGACAUAGUACAAUCCAUGCAAUGACUAAAUUGUCUUCUGAUAUUUGUUGGCAUAUUAACGAUCAGAAAUGCGUGGCGGCAUGUUUCGUGGACCUGGAAAAAGCCUUCGACACGGUUUGGUUGGAUGGCCUAAUAUAUGGAUUAAUAGGAUAUGGUUUUCCCUUAUACCUGAUCAUAUUAAUAAACAAUAUGAUUCGCAAUAAAACUUUUAGAGUAGUUUCCAGUAGAGGAAAGUACUCAAAAGAGUUUGCAGUUUUAAGCGGUCUCCAGCAGGGCACUCAGCAGCAACAACACCAACAACAAUUACAGCAGCAAGAAGAAGACAAUUUUAAUCUGGAACAACAAUUAAAACAACUUGAAUUACAACAAUUACAAUAUCAACAAUUUAAUGGUGCGCUCCUGUGA